CGUAAUCAUGAACAUAUUCAGAUUCGCUGGCGAUAUGAGUCAUUUGAUCAGUCUUUUGGUACUUUUUCUCCAAAUCUACGCCACCAAAUCUUGCUCAGGGAUUUCACUAAAGACUCAGGAGCUGUAUGCCAUUGUGUUUCUGGCUCGUUACUUGGAUCUGCUUACAGUCUUUAUUUCUGUGUACAACACCGUGAUGAAGCUGGUGUUUAUUGGGAGCUCUCUGGCGAUAGUGUUGGGCAUGCGCUAUCACCGAGCUGUAAAGCAGUCGUAUGAUCGCAAGCUUGAUACUUUUCGGCAUUACGUUCUUAUUGCAGCGUGUUUUUUGUUGGCACUUAUUAUUCAUUAUAAGUUCACAUUUCAGGAGAUCUUCUGGACAUUUUCACUAUACUUGGAGGCAGUUGCAAUUCUUCCCCAAUUGGUUCUGUUGCAAAGAAGUGGCAAUGUGGACAAUUUGACUUAUGUUUUCUUUCUUGGGGCCUAUCGUGCACUCUAUAUUCUCAACUGGAAUUACCGCUAUUUAACAGGGCAGGGAUAUGUGUCUUUUCGUUACAUCUCUGGUCUUGUCCAGAUGGGUCUCUAUGCAGAUUUCUUCUACUAUUAUUAUGUCAGCUGGAAAAAACAAGCUAAGCUCGAGUUGCUGCCUGAGGCGAGCCAGGUUGCCAUUGAAAUUGGCACUUAAAAGCUGAAUCUUUGUGUUUAAUGGAUUGCUUGGUGAACAUACAGAGUGUGUUUGGAUAAUGGGUUUACUUUCUUUGGUUGCCAGCAUAACUCAUUCGUGGUACCCAUUGAUUGGCAUAUGUUUGUGUGCUAAAAAGCAUUAUUUAUAUAUAUUUUUACC